GCAUUAGCUCACCUGCUCGGAGAAGAGCUGUAUCGCAAACUCAUCGACUAUCUGUCGAACCAUCUUCAGAGAAUUCACGAAGAAUCUACGACACAUUCCGAUGAGGCUCUCCUUUCCUUUUACAUUCGCGAAUGGGACCGCUACACGACCGCAGCCAAGUACAUUAACCACCUUUUCCGGUAUUUGAACAGACACUGGGUCAAGCGCGAAAUUGAAGAGGGCAAAAAGGGAAUCUACGAUGUCUACACUCUUCAUUUGGUCCGGUGGAGAGAAGAGCUGUUUUCCCACGUGCAGGCGAAUGUCAUGUCGGCUGUACUCCGGAUGGUCGAGAAACAACGAAACGGAGAGACGAUAGAGCAGUCUCAGAUUAAGAGCAUUGUCGAUUCAUUUGUGUCCCUUGGCCUUGAUGAAGCGGAUAGUACAAAGUCUACAUUAGACGUCUACCGGUUCCACUUUGAACGUCCGUUCUUGGAAGCUACCACCAAGUAUUACCAGAAUGAGUCGAAGCAAUUUGUGGCCGAAAACAGCGUUGUCGAAUAUAUGAAAAAGGCAAGCAAACUGAAGCCGUUUCCAAAGGCCGAGUCCCGAUUAGAGGAAGAAAAGGACCGCGUGGGACUCUACUUGCAUCCCGAUAUUAUGACGCCGUUGAUGAAGACGUGCCAGCAAGUUUUGAUUGCAGAGCACUCGCUUCUCCUCCGGGACGAAUUCCAGAUAUUACUUGACGGUGACCGACAGGAAGACUUGGCCCGCAUGUACAGACUUCUUGCGCGCAUCCAGGACGGACUCGAUCCUCUGCGGAGCCGAUUUGAGACCCACGUGCGCAAAGCCGGUUUGGCCGCCAUUGAGAAAAUUGCGAAUGAGGGCGAGAGUCUGGAACCAAAGGUCUACGUCGACGCACUGCUGGAAGUGCAUACACGAUACCAGAAUCUGGUCAAUGAGGCCUUUACUGGAGAAUCAGAGUUUGUGCGAUCCUUGGACAAUGCCUGCCGGGAAUUCGUCAACCGGAACAAGGUCUGCAAGUCGGGAUCGACAAAGUCGCCAGAGCUGCUGGCCAAGUAUACCGACUCGUUGCUCAAGAAGAGCGCCAAGGCGGCCGAGGAAGCGGACCUGGAAUACAUGCUCACGCAAAUCAUGACUGUGUUCAAAUACAUUGAAGACAAGGACGUUUUCCAAAAGUUCUACUCGCGUAUGUUGGCCAAGCGGUUGGUCCAUACCAGCUCUGCGUCGGACGAUGCCGAGACCAGUAUGAUUAGCAAACUCAAAGAAGCCUGCGGUUAUGAAUACACCAACAAGCUGCAGCGCAUGUUCCAAGACAUUCAGAUUUCCAAGGAUCUCAACUCGACCUACAAGGAGUGGCAGUCCAAGGUGCUGGAUGAAGAUGACCUCAAGAAAGCGGUGGACCCUCACUUUUACAUUCUUGGUACGGGAUUCUGGCCGCUCACACCACCCAACACAAAUUUCAUUCCUCCCCCCGUCAUCGUCAAGACGUAUGAGCGGUUCCAGAAAUUCUAUUACGAGAAGCACAGCGGCCGGAAGCUCACGUGGCUCUGGCAGCUAUGUAAAGGCGAAAUUCGCGCAAACUAUUGCAAGGGAACAAAGGUGCCUUAUACCUUUCAGGUAUCGACAUACCAGAUGGCGAUUCUCUUGCUCUUCAAUGAAAGUGAGACUUUGACAUAUGAGGACAUUGAAAAGGCGACGGCCCUGUCCAAGGACUGGCUCGACCCUUCGUUGGCCAUUUUUGUCAAGGCCAAGGUGCUUUUGCCUUCUGGCGAGAAUGGCAAGCCCGAGCGAGGGACAACGUACUCGCUCAACUACAACUUCCGCAGCAAGAAGAUUAAGGUCAACCUGAACAUUGCGGUCAAAUCCGAGCAGAAGCAAGAAGUCGAGGACACGCACAAGACAAUUGAGGAGGACCGAAAGUUGCUAAUGCAGUCGGCUAUUGUCAGAAUAAUGAAAUCGCGCAAGCGAAUGAAGCAUGUGCAGCUUGUGCAAGAAACCAUUCAACAGAUCAAAUCCCGCUUCACGCCCAAAAUUCCAGAUAUCAAGAAAUGCAUAGACAUUUUACUCGAAAAGGAGUACCUGGAGAGAUUGGAUGGCGAGGAACUGGGCUAUCUAGCGUAA